CGGGACUCGACAUCCGCCAUCCUACGUUCUUCAGUGUCGCAAGUACCGCACUGCCAUGGCUGAUACGACCGAACUGGACUCUUACCGUCCUUUCUCCUGCCCCGAAUGCUCAAAGUCAUUCACGCGGAGUGAAAACCUCCAAAGGCACAAGCGAGCGAGACACAACGGAAACUCUCGCAAGCCGUUCGAAUGUGCCGGAUGCCAUGCUCGCUUCACACGGAGUGACGUUUUCAAACGACACAGCGAUCGCUGUCGACAGCUUGCAUCCCAAAGAUACCAACCGGACUCGGAUGCCAGCCCUCCUGUGAUGGCCGACCUAGCCCCGCAGUUACCGACUAGCACCCUCGUGGUGUCAGAAACCCCCUGGCCAACGGAGCAUAUUAGCCUCACCAACGAGAGUCCGCAGGCUUAUUCCGGUUCGCCGUCUUCAAUAGUCAACGGAGAGAGUACUGCAUUAUAUGUCAAGGGCUACUUUGAGACGUUUCACGCUUCUCUCCCUCUUUUGCAUCGACCUACAUUUACUACAUCGUCAGCUCCCGAAUUGCUGGUGAACAUCGUAGCGGUGAUUGGCAGCUUGUAUUCAGCACAGCCGUACGAUCCUAACGCGAUAGGGACAGCCGAACAAUGGCGUCGAGAUACUUGGAGACGUGGAAAUAAAGAUAUUCAGCGCCUGGUUGCUGCCGAUUACAGUGAGAUGCGAAAAACCUGGGUUCUGCAAACAUGCCUGCUCCAUGUCAUUUAUGGGGCUUAUUUGAGCGAGACGCCAGACUUUGAGGAAUCGAAGAAAAUGCUCCGCAUUGUCGUAGAUGCCGCGCGUGAUCUCGGAUUGCUCCGGCAAGGGAUCGCCAUGCCAGAUUCGCUCUCCUGGGCGUCCCAAACUGACGGCAUGAUGGACGGUGCGAAAACGCCAUAUACGCGAUGGAUGUCAUACAUCAGCGUCGAGUCGUUGAAGGUGGCAUUAUACACGCUUAUAUUCCUGGACUCUCAAAUAUUUUCCCCGGCCAACAUCCGUCCUCUGAUCUCACCCAUGGAAUUCGGGUGGGAGCUUCCCUUUCCUGGCGACCUGUGGGAGUCCAAGAAUCCCCAAAUCUGGACUCAAAGAGUGACCGAGCACUUUGGCAUGGCUCCAGAAAAUUACCUAUGCGGUCCUCGUGGUAUCGCAACCGCUUCGCUCUCGAUAGCCACACAACAGCUCAUGUCCGAGUCGCCAAGUCCUGAACUCCUCGCCGCCCUCGCUGCGUCGCCGUUCACGACGCUGUGCAUUCUCAUCAACAUAAAUACACUCGUUAGGGACUUUACGCGAUGCUACUAUCAGCUCCCACCAAGUGCCUCGGAUCCGUCGGCGUUUCACAUUCUCACCCAAGCGCAAAACAAGCAAAUAUACAGCGCGAUGCGGGUCAUAUCCAGGAUCGUCAAGGAUCAAGCCUAUACACCGGAAAGUCCUCAAUUCCUACUGUGGAGGUCCGUCGAAAUCCUGCAUUGCUCGGCGAAGAUUAGCCUUUGCAGGCCCGACCACCUUCUCAUAGGAGGCAUCGUCGACAACAGUGUGAUCGCUGGACUGGCAACUUCGACACACCUUACACUAGGCAACUAUGUCUCGGUUAGACGAUCGGCGCCUCUUCUACCCCCUCACCUAUGGGGCGACGAAGGGAUACUCGCUGUCCUCAACGAUCUCGCCAGCGCACUAACACGGAUAGCCGGCGAAGAAGGCGAAAAUGCCUUUCGAGACUCACCCUGGGUAACGGCAGCUAGCUACGGGAUUCUGCUGUGCAUUUGGGCAGCGUUACGGCGAGCCGGGAAGGACAUUCAGAACCACCUCGACACCUUCAACGAGCUCCCUCGCACCUCCGAAUCAUGCAUGUUGAUCUUCAACACGCUAAUGGAGUCGGUCUUUUUGUGCUUAAAGGGCGAGGGAAAUGAAAUCGGCGGGCGUGACCACCGCAUUUGGUCUAUGGACCGCGACAGUUUUGUCAGCUUGCUCGACCAAGCCGAAAUACUGUUUGUCUCCCUUCUGCAGCGCGCAUGUAGAGAUCGUUAUCUCUGGAAUAUCGGCUCUUCGAUGGCGACCGUUGUGGAUGAAGUUCUAGCGAGUGGACAGCCGACUACAGCGUUAGCUUGA